AGCCCGCCGACGCGACGGGGCGGCCGGCGCACCGGGGGGCGGGCGACGCCCCCGACCCGCGCUGUUUCCCCGGCGGCGAGGCGGAGCUGAGCGGGGCGCUCGGUGAUGCCAUACACGGGUUCGAGGCCAGAGAGGAUUUUAAAAGCUGCCACCUGUCCAUCCAGGCCGACGGCACGGUCACCAACAGCUACUACGACCCCAUGAGCGUCCACGGCACCGGGCUGUGCCACGAGGUCAACCGGACAGGUGAGCUGAGUGACCGGCGUUUGUCUCACACCGCGUCACACCCUUCAUACGGGGUGAAGGAGGAACAGGGUCUUCAUUCGGGACCGGGUCGCAUCAGGGGCGACACCGAUCCGCCCGGGCAGAGCGAGUGCGCCCAGGUGUACGCCCACGUUGUCGAGGAGGAGAGCGGCGCCCACUCCCGGCGCCACGGCGCUAAAACGGCGUGCUCGACCACCCCGCACAACGGCCCCUCGUCUUCCACGAGCCCGCCCUCGCACGGACCGUCCGGCCUCCGCCCCUCGCCCAGAUCUGCGCCCGCUCCCUCGGCCAGGCCGAGCCCCGGCAUCGGCGACGCCUCCCCCGACGGUCAUCGUCGGCGCUGCCCCCCCUCGGAGCUCAUGGGCGAGGUAGCGGGCGACCGUCCCCACCUCUGUCUGGAGUGCGGCAAGACGUUCCGCCUGCUGUCCAGCCUGAAGAAGCACCUGCGCAUUCACACGGGUGAGAAGCCGUACCCCUGCAACGUGUGCGGCCGCCGCUUCCGCGAGUCGGGCGCGCUCAAGACGCACCUGCGCAUCCACACGGGCGAGAAGCCGUACGCCUGCGGCGAGUGCGGCGCCCACUUCCGCCACCUGGAUGGCCUGCGCAAGCACGGGCGCACGCACACGGGCGAGAAGCCGUACGGCUGCGGGGUGUGCGGGAAACGCCUCAGCCGCCUGCAGCACCUCAAGCACCAUCAGAGGAUCCACACCGGGGAGCGGCCGUCCCGGUGCCCGCUGUGCCAGCGCACGUUCUCCGACGCCGCCGGGCUGAAGAGGCACCUGCUGAGCGUACAUCAGGGCGCGGAGGAGGCGCACGAGCUGGGCGAGGAGGAGCUGCAGGGGCCCGUAGAGGAGGAGGACAUGAGGUUCGGGAUGUGGGGGGAGGACGAGCGCGAGGAGGCCGAGGCCGCCGUGGACUGUGUGUAGCGGGAGGGAAAGAAAAUCAGCGUUUACUUGUUUUUAUUUUACUGGUACAAAUUCUACCAAGUUUUAAUCACAACUCGCAUCUCACAGUCAUUUUAAAGAUUUUAUUCACUUUAAUUAUCCAUAAAUUUCUGGUAAAUCAAUCGAAGGAUAAAAAUGCUUAUUAUGGGAUACAGGAUUGGAUAGGGGGCGCUCUGGUGGCACAGCCGUCUGCUAGAUCCGGGUUCGAAUCUCGGCAGUGCUGCUCGUUCUUCGUUUCUUAUUCACCUUUGUUAUAUUUACACAUUAAAUAAACACAUGAGGUUUUUUUCAUAUAUUUUUAUUAAUAUAUUUUGCAUAAUUUACACCAUUUAUGACCAAACAGAUUUUAUUAAAC